GUCGGCUCCCUCUCGGGAUGUGACCGCCGCCGCCAUUGCGCGGCGCUGGUCCCCUCGGAAGGUUCCGGCUAAGGACAGUCCUCCUCCUCUUCCCCGCCAUCGCUCUCUUGCUGCCCAGUCCCGGGAGGUCGGCCGGUCCGGAACUCCCGUCCUUGCCGGUGCGGGCACUGGCAUGUGGCUAUGGGAGGACCAGGGGGGCCUCCUGGGCCCCUUCUCAUUCCUGCUACUGCUGCUGCUGCUGCUGACGCGCAGCCCCUUCAAUGCCUGCCUUCUCACCGGCAGCCUCUAUGUGCUGCUGCGGCUCUUCAGCUUUGAACCGUUGCCCUCCCGCAGGGUCCUGCAGGUGCUCAAGCCCCGAGACCGCGUGUCCGCCAUCGCCCACCGGGGCGGCAGCCACGACGCGCCGGAGAACACGUUGGCAGCCAUUCGGCAGGCAGCUAAGAAUGGAGCAACAGGCGUGGAGCUCGACAUUGAGUUCACUUCCGAUGGGAUUCCCGUUCUAAUGCAUGAUAACACGGUGGACAGGACCACCGACGGGUCUGGACGCUUGUGUGACUUGACAUUUGAGCAAGUCAGGAAGCUCAAUCCUGCAGCAAAUCACAGACUCAGGAAUGAUUUCCCGGAUGAAAAGAUCCCCACCCUGAGGGAAGCUGUUGCAGAAUGCAUCAAAAACAACCUCACCAUCUUCUUUGACGUCAAAGGCCAUGCCACUAUGGCAACUGAUGCACUAAAGAAAAUGUAUAUGGAAUUUCCACAACUCUACAAUAGCAGCGUGGUCUGCUCUUUCUUGCCGGAAGUUAUCUAUAAGAUGAGACAAACAGACCAGAAUGUGAUCACGGCUCUCACUCACAGACCCUGGAGCCUCAGUCACACAGGAGACGGGAAGCCACGCCACACGUCCUUCUGGAAACAGACCACAUUUGUGGUCUUGGACAUUUUGCUUGACUGGAGCAUGCACAACAUCCUGUGGUACCUGUGUGGGAUUUCUGCUUUCCUCAUACAGAAGGAUUUCGUAUCCCCGGACUACUUGAAGAAGUGGUCAGCUAAAGGCAUCCAGGUGGUAGGCUGGACCGUGAACACCUUCGAUGAGAAGAGCUACUACGAAUCCCACCUGGGUUCCAGCUACAUCACUGACAGCAUGGUGGAGGACUGUGCGUCUCAGUUCUAGACUCAGCUCCCCGAGAGGAAGCUCGGGUUCAGAAGCAGGCCCACUGGUCCCCGAGUAGGGGUAUCAGUUCACCCCUGGCGCCAGCCCGAGCCCAGGGGACAGAGGGACUCACCCAAGCAGUCGACAGCAACUGCAUUUUUUUUUUUUUUACCUGAACUCAAAGCAGACCCUGUGUUGCCACCGUGCUCUGCAGAAAGUUCAAGUUCAAUGCCGUUGCUCUUGAAACUCUGGGUCCGAGGUAAGGCACAAGAGUGUCUCCCACCGCAACCAGCCGAAGCACACACCAAGAUCCAGUGAGGACCAGCACAGACCGGCUCUGCCAUGGGGCGGGGGAAUGCGGAUGCAAAUGCAUGGGCCCUGCAUGACCACUCAGAGGUGACAUCUACAAACGUGCCACACUUAAGUAACUUAUUUAUAACAUGUUGACGAUGUACUGUAGAUAUCAAACUUGUGUGACCACACUAAUAAAAUAAUUAAAAGGA